GAUCUCGCUAGCUCGUGCUUGGCUCUGCACGCCUACUUGCUUGCUCUGCCCACAAUGACUCAUCUGUUCUAUGCUGAUUUGAUGAAUGUCUUGUAUGACAAAAACCAUUACAAGCUGGUUUUGGGACAGAUCAACAUCGCAAAGAAUUUGAUUGACAAUGUUUCCAAAGACUAUGUUUGACUGAAGCGAGCUUCUCUGGGUCGAAUGUGCACCAUCAUGAAGCGACAGAAGCAAAGCUUGGAAUACCUGGAACAAGGUCACCAGAGCUGAUGUUGAAGUCCAGCCCUAUGCCUUCACCACCAAGUCCUUGUUCGUCGGCAACAUGGAUUACAAAUACCUUUGUUGGCAGGUGGUUGACACCCCAGGGAUCUUGGACCACCAUUGAGAUGCAGGCCAUCACAGCCCUGGCGCAUCUGUGUUCUGCCGUGUGCUACGUGAUGGAUGUCUUCGAGCAGUGUGGCCAAACCCUGGAGCAGCAGCAACGAGCUCUUCAACAACAUUUGGCCCCUCUUUGUCAAAAAGUUUCACAUAGGAAGGUUGGGAGUCUAUGAGUAGGGAUGCCUGUCGAAAGUGGAAGCAGUGCAGCUUCUCGCCAGGCCAAGCAGAAGCGCAAGUCCCACAGCCUGUCCAUCCGCCGGACCAACAGCACAGAGCAGGAGCGCACAGGUUUACAGAGGGAGAUGUUGGAGGGACAGGAUUCCAAAUUGCCAUUGUCUUUGAGAAGCAAUCUUCUGGACCUGUUUGGCCAGAUUGAGAGGGAGUUUGAAAACCUCUACAUUGAAAACAUUGAGUUGCGUAGAGAGAUUGAAACACUGAACGAUCGUUUGACAGCUGAAGGACAAACCAUCGAUGGGGGAGAUUUGACAAAGGGGGCACUUAAAACAAAAGCAAGUCAUAGCACAAGUCAACUUUCACAAAAACUGAAGACCACUUAUAAGGCAUCUACAAGCAAGCACUCACAUUCUUUCCAUGGCAAAAUCGUCUCCAGUUUUAAAGCCACCACGUCCAGAGCCGUGUGCCAGCUGGUUAAGGAGUAUGUAGGUCACAGGGAUGGCAUAUGGGACCUGAGUGUCACCAGGACACAGCCCGUGGUGCUGGGCACAGCUUCGGCAGAUCACAGUGCCAUGCUAUGGAGCAUUGAGACUGGGAAGUGCCUCCUGAAGUAUGUGGGUCAUGCAGGAUCAGUUAACUCUAUCAAGUUCCAUCCCACGGAACAGAUGGCUCUUACAGCGUCUGGUGACCAGACAGCCCAUAUCUGGAGGUACAUGGUGCAGCUACCCACCCCACAGCCUGUAGCCGACAUCAGUCAGACGCCCUGUGACGACGACAUAGACUUCUCAGAUAAGGACGAGGCUGACGGGGACGGUGAGGGCCCUAACGAGUGUCCCUCCAUCCGCAUGGCUUCCACUACCCUCAGGAGCCACCAGGGGGUUGUCAUCGCUGCAGACUGGCUGGUGGGGGGCAAGCAGGUGGUUACUGCCUCCUGGGACCGGGCUGCCAACCUGUAUGAUGUGGAGACUUCUGAGCUCGUCCACUCACUCACUGGCCACGACCAGGAGCUGACCCAUUGCUGCACCCACCCCACCCAGCGUCUGGUGGUCACCUCGUCCAGAGACACCACCUUCCGUCUGUGGGACUUCAGAGACCCCUCCAUCCACUCUGUCAACGUGUUCCAGGGACACACCGACACGGUGACAUCAGCAGUGUUCACUGUGGGGGACAAUGUGGUGUCUGGGAGUGACGAUCGCACCGUCAAGGUCUGGGACCUCAAGAACAUGAGGUCACCCAUAGCAACAAUCCGCACAGACUCUGCAGUCAAUAGGAUAAGCGUGUCGGUGAGCCAAAGAAUCAUUGCUCUCCCUCACGACAAUCGACAAGUUCGGCUGUUUGACAUGUCAGGAGUGCGGCUAGCUCGACUCCCACACAGCAACAGACAGGGCCACCGGCGCAUGGUGUGCUGUUCAGCCUGGUGUGAGGACAACUCCUCCUGUAACCUCUUCAGCUGUGGCUUUGAUAGGCAGGCCAUUGGAUGGAACAUCAACAUCCCAGCUCUGCUGCAGGAGAAGUGAGCCCAGCCCAGACAGCCCUGAGUCAUCCGCCUGGCCCAUCUGCUCACUGAACCCCAUGUUAAGAGCUGAUCCCUGGUCAGUUCAGUCAGAUGCCACCACCCUCAGGCAGGGAGGGGAGAAGAUCGAUUGAGGACCACUCUCUCUCUGUGUCAAGUAUUCAUGUUCUUCUCACACUCCAAAUGUGGUCACAGUCUGGUCUGCAUAGUUUGAAUAUACAUACCGUACUACAUACAUGUGUGAUGGUGUGUGGUGGUUUUCAAACUUGCCCAUGUAUGUACAGAAAAUGUAAAGGACUACUCUCUGCUUUGUUGUUGGACUUGUUUUGAUCAGUUUAUUCAUGACUUUCCUUCUGAAGAUAAAUAGCACUGACAUAAAGAAGGUACGGGGGGGAUUUUGUAGUCACCCUAAUUUUCAGUUCAGAAUAGGUCAGGCACCUUUUUGAUGGUGUAGCCUCGUUGAUAAUGAGCAGCAUUUCAUGGAGACUUGUGUUAGUACUGAAAUGCCACACAUCUGCUUUCGAACCCACCUUAACCGCUCAGAAGUACAGCUAGCCAAGCUACUGCAUAUCUCUGUGCCAUUUCAGCAGAGCCAUACUUUGUCAAGGUUUACUGCAUAUCUCUGUGCCAUUUCGGCAGAGCCAUACUUUGACCAUCUAUUGGUGAUCAACUGAGCACUGAAUAAGGAACAUGCAGAGCUGCUACAGUACAGUGUUCAAGUGGCUCUGUCAUGCACCUUUUAGAACCAAUAGCUGUUACAAUUUUAUUUGUUGUUAAACUGUUUUAGCCUAAAUACCAUUGCAGCUUUUGUACAGACUUGACAGAAUCCUACUCUUGAGUCCUAGACAGUAUGUUGUACCAGUGGAUUAAAUUGUGUAAACACCCCAUGUUUAGAGGUUGAGGUUGAUCGUCUUCACCAUUUUAAUAGGCACUUCAUUCAGGUUGAGGUUGAUCGUCUUCACCAUUUUAAUAGGCACUUCAUUCAGGUUGAGGUUGAUCGUCUUCACCAUUUUAAUAGGCACUUCAUUCAGGUUGAGGUUGAUCGUCUUCACCAUUUUAAUAGGCACUUCAUUCAGGUUGAGGUUGAUCGUCUUCACCAUUUUAAUAGGCACUUCAUUCAGGUUGAGGUUGAUCGUCUUCACCAUUUUAAUAGGCACUUCAUUCAGGUUGAGGUUGAUCGUCUUCACCAUUUUAAUAGGCACUUCAUUCAGGUUGAGGUUGAUCGUCUUCACCAUUUUAAUAGGCACUUCAUUCAGGUUGAGGUUGAUCGUCUUCACCAUUUUAAUAGGCACUUCAUUCAGGUUGAGGUUGAUCGUCUUCACCAUUUUAAUAGGCACUUCAUUCAGGUUGAGGUUGAUCGUCUUCACCAUUUUAAUAGGCACUUCAUUCGUGUGUAAUAAUCAUAAAUUAGUCUUAGAAAGUAAGACGUCAUGAAAUUGCUGUAGAGUUUACAAACAAUAAUAACAUGUGAAGUGUUUCUUAGAAUUAGUCAGUAUUGAACCUGUUACAGGGAUAUAUAGGUCAGUAACUUGUUACCACGUGGUACUUCCUUGCGUAAGUAAGUGGGGAUCUCUAAGAGCGUUCUAAUGCAAUAGCUGUAACAUGCUUGGUGUGCUCAGUGAUCAUGGCGUUAAUUUCUGCAUAGAAAACUAAAAGAAGAAGAGAUUAUUAUGUGUUUGAGGUAAGUGUGAUGUCAUAAAGUAGCUGUGUCUGUUUUUUAGAGAAAGAGAAUGAAUGUUUGACUUGAAAACAUUUUGAGUGUAAUUGUCUGUGAGAGUCACUUGGCAGGCAGCACAGUUGACUUGGUUACAUUCCUGCUUUUACGCAGACAAAUGAUACAAAAUGAUGCAUCUGUAUCUCAUGAGGCAAGCCAGCUUUAUUGCAAUCGUAAAUGCUUCUUUAGAGACUUAGAUAUGCUUUGUGUUUUGCUAACUUGUAACAACAUAUUAACUAUUGAUAUUUAUACAAGAAGUCACGUUGAACAUCUUUUAUCCCAUUAUGGAAUCGUUAUUGUGAUGAAAUAUAGUGGUUCCAGGUGUAGGCCCACGGUUCUAAGUGAGCGUAACUUUCCUUCCACAAUAAAUUUCACAUCUGGGGAAAAUUAAAUGUAAUCAUCUCUAUUCAAAGGGGCCUUUUUGGCUUAAUGGUGUAUUCUUGCUGCAUAUUUUAUUAUCCUUUUAACUUUGAGGUGAUCUUUUCAUUUCCACUAGUUCUUCAUCCUGUGCAGUUAAAAUCAGUUGGAUCUCUUUGGUUUCAUUGGCUGAAGUAUUGUUUUAAUCUAUAGUGGUUUGCAUGUAGUCUUUCUCAUGUACCGUUUACAUCAGGGAUGUCUUAGAGAUUACUCCUAGCCUGGUCCCACAUCCAUUUGUGCUCUUACCAACUCCAUUGGUCAUUGUCAAGCCAAACAUGACACUACUGUAAGUGACAAAGAGUUGGCAUGAUGGCACAAACAGAUUGGCACUGAAAAUAGGCUACUGCAGAUGUGGUUGUGCAGUUCUAUGCAUGACUAAUACCACAUGAUGUAGUACUAGAGGCAUUGAUUAAGUGACUAUAGUAAUCUGUUACAUGGGUUGGUAUAAUAAGAGAUGUCUCUUGGACCGUAGCUGUCCAGGAUUGUAAUCCGUGAUUUAAGUGAAACAAAUUUGUUUGAAAUAUCAAAGAAGUAUGGCCUGUGAAUGUGAAGUCUAGCCUGGUGCCAGAUCUGUUUGUGCGCUUGCCAACUUCAUUGCCCGUUUGGCAUGACAAUGAAUGAAAAGGAGUUGGCAUGGUAGCACAAACAGACUGCCACUCAGACUACCUGACCUCCUGAGCCACCAUGCAUAGCUAGUUGACGAUGUUUAUCAUCACUUUCUUCAUGGAUUUAUUUACAUUUCAGUCUCAUGGUUUUAUCAGCUGUUCAUGUAAAUGUGGUCCUGGUGUUCAUUUCAAUGGAGUACAGUGCUUGCUUGUUUCCCAAAUGGCACCCUAUUCUGUAUGUAAUGCGUUACAAAGGGAAUAAGGUGCAAUUUGAGACGCAUACUCUCAUUACAUCAUACACACUUAGCAGUAGAAAUCAACAGUGUAAAAGCUUUAGUAAAACUGUGGUUACCUACCUAAUUAUAUUUUAUGUGGUAAAAUAGGUUCAUUUUAACAAGAGGAGCUCCACUAGUACACAUCUCAUAACAUGAAACAGUUUAGCUGUGUGUGUGCGUGCGUGCGCGCAUGGUGGCUAUUCAUAAGGAACAGCAGCUUGUGAAAUCAAAUAAAAUGUUGUGCUGUUUCAUUC